GUUUCUCUACACUUUUUCACUCACUCAAAAUUCAUCAAUUACACAGAAAAAAACGUAAACUAGACGCCUUCUCUUUUCUAUCUACACCUUCUCUUCUCCAUCAAUCAAUCUAAAUAUCUCACCUUUUCUCUCUCAAUUACUUCGAAAACUCUACUUUUUCUUUCACAAACAUUCCCCAUUUCAAAUUUCACCCGAACACCACUCGUCCUCCGUGCCAAUCAAAUGAAAGAAAAAGGCAAAGUUGCAGCCCAGACCAUGUUUGAUGACGAUAAUCAAGAUCAAGAUCAAUACAAUUAUGCUGCUUCUUACUCAGAAUUCCCAUGCAAGAAACACCCCUCAUCUUCUUCAGUCGGUAUCUGCGCUUUAUGUCUUAAAGAUCGUUUACUUAACCUCGUUUGCUCCGAUUGCGGCGAGCAAAGAUUAUCUUCUUGCUCUUGCUCCGAUCAGAUCACUUCUCAUCGGAACUCCUCCGCCUCCGCCGCCGCUGAAGUCGGCAGUGUCGGCCGUAUCUCGUUCUUGAUCGAAAACGAAAACCAAGGUGGUAACAAUACCAUUUUUUCGCAGUUGAAUUCUAGUAGUAAACCGAGUAAAAGUAGCAGAAGCAAAACAGACGACGUGUUCUUGCUAAAAAGAAGCAGUAGUACCACCGUAGAGAUCAAGAAAAAAACUGGAUUUUGGAGGAUUGGCAAGCUAUUCAGCAAGAAACGAGAAAAGGGUACCAAUGGCGGCAAAAAUAUUUGCGAGAGAAGCAGUAGCGUUGGUGGGUUCGAAGAAAAAACCGAUCUUUGGGUGGUUGAUUACAUGGGUGUAUCAAGAUCAAGAUCUUUAUGCAGCUUCAGAGGCGGUGGUUUUUUCGGAUCAGAAGAUGGUACAUUUUCCGGUGCUAGAAGCUCUAUUUCCGCCGCCAGAAGUUCCAUUUCCGCCGCUAGAAACUCCGGUGUCAACGCUGGUGGUGGUGGUUUGGGUUUUGAUGCCGACAGAAAAAGUGGGUUCAGUGAAGCAGAGCCUAGAAAAAGUGGGUUUGAUAGUGAUCAGACAGAAAAAGUCGAGUCUUGUUUUAAUGGAGGACAUAAUAAUAAUAAUACUAGGAGAGUGUUUUCACUUAAAGAAAGUAAUUUCAGUUCUACUAUGGAUGAUGAUUCAAGAUUUAUAGAUUUGAAAUUUGAUUUGGCGUCAUCGGAUUUAAAUUCUGGAUUAGUUGGACAGGAUCAGUAUAGUAAUGAAAUUGGGGGGUUUAGAGUUGGUGAGAGAGGGAUUAAGAGAAGCAGGAAAAGUUUUAAGAGUUGGAGAUGGAUUUUCGGACAUAAUUAUUAUUUACAUUCUAAGAAGAAAGAAGAUGAUCAACAAGAGAUUGUUGUCUCAAAUCAUGCUUAAUUAGCUUUUGUUUAUAUUUUAUGUAUUUGAUAAUGUGUAUUAUUGUAACAAUUCUCUUGUUUUUAUGGGUUUAUGUUGUGUA